AUGGCGGCAAAAGGGUCGGCCGAUCUCAUCACCAGAUCAGUCAAGCAAGUGGAGUCAAACGAAACCGGCAAACAAUUCACUAAGUUCGGAAUAAAGUGGAUUGUCACAGCGGCGGAGCACAGCCAACGCCUUAGUCGCAAUGGAACUGAGUAAGCGAUCUAUCGUACUGUAAAAGUUUCAAGGAACGUGGAUUGCAAGCAAGAGCUGCAAAAGGCUGUGGAUGAGAUCAAAGCCGAUGUGAUCGACACCUCUCCAUUGCCAGACUCAUUCGAUUUUGGAUACGCUUUCCGGCAAGAAAAUUACUGUUGUUAAACAAUAAAUUUAGAGCCUACAUUUGGAGCGUAAUUGUGAUGACUUCAAAGACUAUGGGUCACCGAUUUGCCAGAAACACAUCCGUCCACCUUCUCCUCAGCGUUUUGAACAACAUAUUCUUGUCUCUUCUGGUCUAUGUUGCGCUCCCCAUAUCAGUGUUUACAGUCCCCGGAAAAUACACUGAGGUAAAAAAACUAUAAACCACACUAAUCCACCCGUUUUUAGAAAGAAGUGCCCUUAACUGUGAGAAGAAUCAUCCUGAUUUGUUUGGCAUUUGUCUCUGGACUUUUGGGAGAGCACAUCUGGAUUCAUUACAUCCAUUACACAAACAACGUCCCAUCCUAUUAUUACCCUGCCGUCGUUGGGGCCACCUUACAAUUGAUGGGCCCAAUUCUGGCCAAUGACCGAAAAGCGCUGGUUGGAACUUGCGUGACCUCGGCUUUCAUCUUGAGUAUUAGUAUGGCGGCCUACAUGGAAGUCUUGAAUCUUAGCUAUUUGAUUGCAGCCUGCGUAAAUUUAUGCGCAUCCACAGUGAAUCUGCAACUUCUGAUCGCUGAUCUACGAAAGAAUGGAUCGGGUAUGUGCUGUAUUCAAAUACGACCCUUUAUUUUAGACGAGAGCAGUAUGGUGAAAGGGCAUUACCGAGCCUUGAUCGUUAACGUGUUCAUCCAUGCCUUCCUCUCUCUACUUUUUGCCCAUUAUGACCCCGAUUGCUUCAAUGAUUCUGACGCCGCUUUGGACUAG